AUGACUUGGCAGGCUUCGGCGCUAGGCCGCAUUUGCCACCGGUGUUUCGUCGCGAAAGAUUUGCUGAGCAACCAAGCAGAACAGAAAAAACGCAGAAACAACGGAAUCCGUCUUGAUUUGAGGGCGUCUCAGGCUCAAGCAGCAGCGCAGCACCCUGACCUUGCGACGCCAAACCGGCCUGACCCUGUGGUGCAAAGUCGCCGGGGCAAAUGCGACCGACCGCGGUCUCGGGACGACUCUCGAGUCUCCACGGGCUUCACAAUAAUUAUUCUUUGA